AUGGCAAACCCAAGUCAUGGCCAUCAGUGUGUUGAUUUCCUAACUAACCUUCCAACAGAACUCGUGGAAGAGAUUAUGAUGAGGGUGGAUCUUCCAACUGUUGGAAGAGCACGUUGCGUUCAGAAGUCUUGGAGAGCUAUGUGGUCAUACUUUGAUUUCUGUUUUCGUUUUUGCAAGGAAAUUCUUCCAAUUACCAGCCAAUUGGUCUGCAUGAGGUUGCAAUCCCAACUUGUCAUUUUGAAUCCUCAGACCGGUCAACAAUGCAUCAUUCCUGCGCCAUUUUGUCCUUCAUUGUUGGAGCAUUAUUGGACUGUCACUUUCGAUUACAUCGAUUCAAUGGCCAUAUACUGCAUUGUUGCUUUAAGGCAGUUGCCAAAUGGAAGAAUGUAUGCUAAGUAUUUGUCUUGGAUGCCAUAUGAAUCCCUCAAUGGUGUCGUUUAUGGGUCCUGGAAAGUCAUCUAUUCCUUAUGUCCUCGUGUUGUUAUGCCAGAAGGUCUUUUUGUUGGUGACACGGUGUAUUGGUGCAUCAACAAGCUCAUCCAUUGGCCAGUUAUUCAAAUCAACAGGAGGGAACUCCUUAUAGCUUUCAGUUGUUCAAGCCAAACAUUCAACAUUAUCCAGUCCCCCAAUGAUGAACGAUGGAAGAUGUAUCCUUUUGGUUUCCAUAAUAGCACCAAGCUUUUGAAUUUGAUGGGCAAACUGUGCAUAGUUGAUGAAGAAUUUAUAAGUUUGACUGCCCUGUUUCAAGUGUGGGAAUUGAGAAAUGAUGGUGAGGAAAAUCUGGGGUAUCAUUGGCGUAAGUUACGUAAUGUCAUGCUAGAUUUCACUCCUCCAACAGUACCUGGAUUAAUGGUCGGGCCAUUUAUGCGUCAUUGGAAGCGUCCUGUAUUUCUUUGUCCAAAGUCAUCAGACAAAGGAGACUUUGUUGUUGCUGGUCCUGAUCGGUAUCAGUUUUACAUUUAUAAUCCUGUCAAAUCUAGGUUUACUUUGCACGUGAAGCCAGGAAUGAUACAAGCAAUGGACCAUGUAGCCGCUGGUUUCUUCUGGCGUAGUUUAGUGAGGAUUUGA